ACACGAACUGGUUCAAGGCCGUCGUACUGAUCUCCUUCUCCAGGAGGCUUGGCUUUGGAUGCUCCCAGGAUCGAUCUCGCUCCUCCCCCGGGCUGCAUUUGAGGAGUUAUCUUAUUUUUGGUCAAGAUGAAGCGCAUGCACAGGAUGCCAACAAGGAAGUCCCAUUCAUGGUGGUGGGACAGCCACAUUAGUCCCAAAAACUCCAAAUGGCUAGCUGAGAAUCUAGAAGAGAUGGAUAAGCAAGUAAAAGAUAUGCUGAAGCUCAUUGAGGAUGAAGGUGAUUCUUUUGCAAAGAAGGCCGAGAUGUAUUUUGAACGGCGGCCUUUGCUUGUAACUCAAGUUGAGAACUUCUAUCGCAUGUAUCGCGCUCUUGCUGAGCGUUAUGACAAUGUGACCGGGGAAUUACGCAAGAAUAUUCCAUCGUCACUCCAAUCGCAAGGCUCUCUUAGUGUGUCUGAAUCUGAUUCUGAGACACAAUCUAUUCCCCCAACUCCUGAGCCUAACUUGGAAGAGAAAACACCAAAACAGAAGCGUAAAACAAGAGCAGCUGGCUUUGAUGUCUUCCUUGGUUCUGGUGGAAGCUCAGACGUUUCCAAGAAGGGGAGUGAUGGAUCAUCAUCUUCUUCAGAAUCUGAUUCUGAGGUCGAUGAAGCGAGAGAAGAAAACAGUGAUGGAAGCCCUUUUGCACUGAAUGCGCGAAUUGCCGAGCUAGAAGACGAGCUUCAGGAAGCAAGGGAAAAACUUGAGGCACUUGAGGAAAAGAAUACGCGUUGCCAAUGCGAAAAACUUGAGGAGAAGUUGAAGGCUUCGCAUUCAGAAAUCAACAGCCUUCAGAAGGAACUUGAAGAAAAAGUCCGAUCUUUGGAGAGUAACAGAGGCAUUAACAGCGAAAAGGAAGAUUUGGAAGCUGCAAUUCUGGCAAACAAGAAUGAGAUCGAGGAGCUGAAAGGAAGAAUAGCCUCAGCAGAUAGGCACUAUGAAGGCCAACUAGCUCAUCGUGACCAUGAAGUGGCAAAGUGCAAGGAGCUUGAACAAGUUUAUGAGAGGUAUUCCCAUGAUAAAUCUACUCUUGAGACAGAAGUAAGAAAGCUCCAAGACGUUGUCAAGAAUUUUGAAGGUGACCUGGCAAAAAUAUCACAGGAGAAAUUACAGCUCGAGGCCAAGGUUAGGGAGCUUGAGCAAGCAUCUCACAGCCUAGAUGAUUCAUCAGCAGAGAUCAUGAAGCUACAGGAAACAAUCAAGGAUCUGCAAACAAGACUGGAUAAUGAUUCAAAUGAGAAGAGAAUGCUCGAAGAACGUGCUAUCGAGUUCGAACAAGUUCACAGGGAGCUGGAGGGUUCAAGAACUGAGGUGGCAGAGCUACAAGCUACAAUCAACGAUCUGAAAGCUGAGCUAGGAAGAGCUCUGCAAGAGAAAUCCCAUCUGGAGAGCCGUAUCAAGGAUCUUGAACAAUCAAUGGCUUGUAAUCUGGAAAAAUUCUUGCUGGAGAAAUCCUCACUUGAUGCCGAGAUCGAAGAACUGACAGAGGUAAAUGCUUCUCUCGAAGCCAAGCUGACAUCCACUGAUGCACAGCUCCAAGAACUCCAAGAGGAGAAAUCACAAGCUUCCAUUGACAGCGAGAAGCAUAUCUCCGAUCUUAGAACAAAGCUCGAGCUUCUUUCAUCAGAGAAAGCCGGAGUGGUGAGCAGGCUGUCCAGCUUGUCAGCUGACGUCACGGCUCGUGAUGAGAGGAUCAGUGAGAUGGACGGCCACCUGCACCAGCUGCACCUGGAGCACGCCGAGCUGAUCGCCGAGGCCGGCGCUGCGCGGGCGGCGGCGUCGGAGCUGCGCGGCCGGGUGUCGGAGCUGGAGGAGGAGGUGGAGAGGCAGAAGCGGAUGGUGGCCGACGGCGCGGAGGGGAAGCGGGAGGCGAUCCGGCAGCUCUGCUUCUCGCUGGAGCACUACCGCCAUGGGUACCAGCAGCUCCGGCAGCUGCUGCAGGGCCACCACAAGAGGCCAUUGGUGAUGGCCACCUGAGAGUUGAGUGAGAGGAUCGUCGUCGGCCAUGGCGAGAAAUCAACCGUAUCAUCACACCUCUCUUGUUCUUGUUCUUGUUGUUCUUGUGUUGCAUGUGUAUCUGAUGAGUAUGGACAGCCAUUUUUAUUUCUCUCUGUUUUUUUGUAACGAAUCUGUCGAGUUCUUCUACCGUGAGCUUGUCGAGAUGAAUUGGUGAUUGCCUUGCCAAUCUGGCAAUCUGUGAGCCUCUUGAGACGCCAUGGGAGGUGGAGAAGACGAGAAGGUCAGGAGGAGGCGCCGAGGGGGUCAGAGAUCACGGCCAACCCCGGCCGUCGGUCGCCGGAGCUCCGCCGCCUUCCGUCCAAAUGGCCCUAAGAACAAAUAAGAAACUUUGAGGGACCUUUGUGAAAAAUGAACCCAGCCAGAGCCAGUCGCGUCGCUCAACGCGUAGUAGGGCCCACACGUACAGGUUGGGUGUAAAAGAGAAUAUAAUACUCUUACGAUUUUAUUGAUUU